AUAAAAUACAAGACCGGCGUUAGACAAAGAGGGCCCUAACCAGCUGUAAAAAACUGGUAGUGGUGGAGGGGGUGGCGUGCGUCGGUGCCACGCGCCGGGGUCCCCCCACCACCGACCCGGCGGCCCGUGCCACGAGGGGUGGGGGGUACAAGAGCGUAGCCCCUACUGCGAGCGCUGAAACUCAGAACCUACCGAGCAGUCGAGCAGAGAGGUCGUGUCGCGAGUGUGUGUGAUGACGUCGAUAGUGAAGCCCCUGAACCUGAUGAGUCUGCAGCACGGGAUGGUGAGGGUACCCGUGAGUAACGCGCAGGCGGUCAUCGUGUCCUCCCCCCAGCAGGUCAAAUCGGAGCCCGGGCUCACCAGGAUUCUUGUGGAGGAGCGAGGGUCCGUCCUGGUCGACAACACCGGCAACAACAACGACCUGGCGAGGUGUAAGAGGAGGAUAAACUUCGCCUAUCAGGGGAUCCAGGGACACCAGCCCGCCUCCGUGGCCCGCAGGAACGCUCGAGAGAGGAACCGGGUGAAGCAAGUAAACAACGGCUUCGCGACCCUGCGCUCCCACAUCCCCCUGAGUGUGGCUACCGCACUGUCUUCCUCGGCGGGAAGCAGGGGCGCCAGCAAGAAGUUGAGCAAGGUCGAGACCCUCCGGAUGGCCGUAGAGUACAUCAGAUCGCUACAGGAACUCUUGGAUGAGUCCGGUUCGUCCUCUCAGGGCGAGAAUUCGUACUACGCGUCGACGGAGAACCAAAGGCCUCCGGAGUCCUCCCUCUCACCCCCGUGUUCAGAAGCGUCCUCGUCACCCCCGCCCUCCUCAUACGCGUCGGAAGGCUCGUACGUGGCACCUCCUUCGCUCACCUACCAGCAGGAGAACUACGAGCCCAUGAGUCCAGAAGACGAGGAACUCCUUGAUGUGAUAUCGUGGUGGCAGCAGAGUCAAUGAGCUUAUAUAUAAGAUCUGUUGUACAUUUUCCUGAUCUCAGAAGCGUCAGCCCAUCGCCAGUUCUAGGAUCUCAUAAAGGUGUUGUUCCGCCCCUGCGACUGCGUCUCCGAACACUCCCGAACGAAGCCGACUCUCUCCGAGCAACAUUUCAUUGUUUUGCGCAUAAGCAAUACUUCGAUAUUAGAAGCUCUGCGAUAUUACACUGACUUUGGACUGUUACAGUUUUUGUUUCUCUAUGAAAUCUUUCUAAUGUUGCUUAUUAUGCAUUUAUAUUGUUUAUUUUUAUACGAGUUGUGGAGAUUUUAUGAGCACAGUGUCAAUAUCGUAGUGAUAUAUUAGUUUAGAGUAGUGCCUUUGUCUGUAUUUUUAUAACAUACAACACGUUUUUGUAAAUUUUUAAAGUAUUCCAAUGGUUUUUAAUGUUGUAAGUAUGUGAUACUAAAAUUAUCUAUUGCCCAACAAAUGUUAUAUGUAAGUGUUGAUUUAAUUUUAUAACUAAUAUCAUGCAUUUCCAGCAAUCUAAGUACAAAUUAUUAUUAGAUCGGUUUUAUAAAUUUUAAGUCGUAAAUUUUAAGGUGAAUGCUUUCCUGGCUUGUUUUGCUUGCAUAAAUAGUUCUUCUAUAUACUGUAUAUCUUAGAAUAUUUUCUUUCUUUUAGGACAUAAAAUUCAAAAAAGGGAAAUUUCUUUUCAACUGUAAUAUCAAGCGUUUAAGGCAUUUACCUUUCUUUUCUAAUAUGAUAAAAUCAUUCCAUGUUACAAUCUGUUUACACUGUAUAAUUCUAAAUGACUUGUUCCUGUUGUAUGUUAUGGUAUUGAAUUUGUAAAUCACAAUUUUAAAUAGUUUCAUAUAUUCUUGGAUACGAUUACAAAGCCAGUUCUUAAGAUUCUGUGAUCUCAUGAAAGGUAAUUAUCAUACAUUAGAUUCAAUGAUAAAUUCCUUUAUAUCAUGUUUCCGUUUUUAAGAUAAUCUUAUGGUUCUAUAUUUUUAUCAUCGUAGUAUAAAUAUAAUUAUUUUAACUGUUGGAAUUAAUUUCAAACCAAAUAUUUUAAAGCAGGCUCGCGUUUUAAUGAUCUAUAAAGAGCUUUGGAUUCUGUAAUGAAAUGAUGUUAAGUGUACUUACUAAUCUAAUGAAUCUAUCAUAUUUGUUGAUAGAAGUUGAUUUUGUGAUUUCAAAAAGUACUUCCACUUUGUAAAUCAUUCCAUGUGAUAGGCUAAGCUCAAAAUUUGCUCAAAAUUCUUUCACUAGGGGAUCCUUAUUUGAUGAGUCUGUAUAUAAACUUGUCCUUUUGUACAUUGCAUAUUUUGUAGUUAUUUAUUACGUUUAUAUUUAUGUAACAGUUAGUACUUUGUUUAUUGUAAAUACAGAGUUCGAAGUUUAUUUAUGUACGAAAGACGAGAAGAUGAAGUGUCCUUCAACUGUUGUUGUCCAUAGCUUUAGUGUAUUUUGAGUCACAACCGAAUAAUUCUUCAACAUCUAAUUAUUAGAUUGUGUUGGUUACAGGAGAUCUUUUCCGAUGCCAUACCACCAUAGGUUUAUGGUUACCACUGAAAAUACCAUAGCGACUAAUCGAUUAAAAGGGAAUUCCUCUGGUUCCUUCAGAUUAACAGUGUAAUUUAUUUAGUUUUUUGAACUCUGAAAUACUUUAUAAGUCUUUUUUUACAAUAUGAAUAUGCCAACCGAAAUGUAAAUACUGUUAUCUUUUUAAACUUUUGAAAUGACAUAUAAGAUCACAAUUCCUACAUGUCAUUUUAAGACUGCAGAAAGAUAAAAAAAUUAUUUGAGUUGCAAUUGGUGAACACUGUUUUCAAUAUUACCUACAGUUGAAUAAGAUAUAAAAAACAAACAAAUCAAUUCUAACUGUAUUUAGAAAAAUAAAAUAAAACUGGUCCAAUCUGUGGCCCCAGAGGAACUCCCUUUGAAUAACUAUUGUAACCUUCCUCAGGGCUAUCUCCACCUUGUAACCAGUGUUGUACAAAUCUCAGCCUGUACUGUACUAUUGUACUGUACCGUACUGUACUAUAAUGUACUGUAAUGUUAAGAAUCUAGUCAACAAUAUGUAAAUAUACUGUAGUGAGCUGCAGCGCCUUUGUGCCUUAUGUUAAAUAAUGCUCAUACACUUUUUUAUAUGUUAUUGUAUUCAUUAAACAUGUUACAAAACAUA